AUGUCCCACUCAGACUCUUCACUGCAAGAUACCUUCAUUAUCAAUCUAUUUUUAGAAGUUCCUGCUGAGAUCCUACCACCUCUGCAGCAGAAUGAGACAGAGGCUGAUCAAAAAAAUCUUUGGUUGGAAGUUGAAAAUGAUAAUAUUAAUGUUGACCUAUACAUUGUUGGUGAAACACCUCUGAACACUCCAAUUCCUUGGACGACUAUACAUCUCGAGUUAUUUGGUACUAAAGAGAAUUCUAGAACAUUCUUUAUCAAGGCUAGAAUUCAUAUGCCGAAUCCCAACUGCCCAGCAUUCCACUUGACUGCCAAAGCCCUUGAUGGCUUUAUCCUUUUCUAUAUUCCUCAUUCUUACUAUGGUAUAAUUAUCAUCAACUGUAGCACCAGUGACUUGAAUGAUCAUAUCAUGCUAUUGAGUGGGAUGUAUGACAGUUCUACAGUCAUAUCUAAAUCAGGAUAG